GGAUGGGGAAGCUGGUCUCCAGGGAGCAGUUGCGAAACAAGGGCCAAAGGGCAACAGAGGAACCCCAGGACAAAAUGGGAAGUUAGGACUCAAAGGACAAAGGGGUCGCCCGGGACUUCCUGGCCUGUUUGGAUUACCUGGCAUUCUAGGUUUCAGAGGCCAUGUUGGGACUGAGGGACCAGAAGGAAAGCCUGGGUGCUCCUGGUUCUGUUGGCUCUCCUGGCCCUAAGGGAGACAGAGGGUUUCCAGGUGUGGCUGGUGAGCGAGGGCAGACAGGUCGUCCAGGAGUGAAAGCUCCUGGAAAGCCAGGGGAAAAUGGAAUCCCUGGACCAGCUGGGGAGAGGGGCUUCACAGGAAAACCAGGAAUGAUGGGCCCCCAGGGUCCAGUGGGCAUGUAUGGUUCCCCCGGAUCAGUGGGCCUGACUGGGGCACCAGGCCACAUGGGACAAAGGGUGAGCCUAGAUACUCCUGCACUGGAGAUGCUGGUGUCAGAGGACUUCCGGGGAGUCGUGGAAAGACUGGACCUCCAGGUCUACAGGGUCAUCCUGGUGAGAGAGGGCCUCCAGGGCCUCAGGGCCGUCAUGGAGAGUUGGGGCCCAAAGGCAUUCAAGGGCUGGUCCUCCAGGCAAGCCUGGACCAGGGGGCGGCAUGGGGAGCCCUGGCUCUCCAGGGGAUCAGGGGUCACCAGGGCCACCAGGGUCAGCUGGACUCAGAGGGUUUCCAGUGAGUGGGGAACAUCAGGAAUUACUGGGCUGAUGGGUCAGGCCGGAGAAAAAGGAGAGCAGGGAGCAAUUGGCCCUGUUGGGAUCAUUGGUGCUCCAGGACUGGAUGGGCAGCAGGGUCCUCAAGGGACAAGUGGAGAAGACGGGAUUCCUGGAGCAAAAGGUGACCAGGGACUUCCGGGUCUUCAGGGACAUCCAGGACCCAAGAGACCAAAGGGAAAGCCAGGACCUCAGGGAUCCCGGGGGCUGCAGGGUGGGCCUGGCCAGAGGGGCAAAGAGGGAGAUGUUGGAGGGCCUGGAUCACCUGGGGAUCGGGGUGUCAAAGGAGCAAAGGGAUAUGUUGGAAAUCCUGGACCAAUGGGGUCAGAGGGGCCUCCAGGAGUUUUGGGCAUUAAAGGGCGGAGAGGGUCAAAAGGAGAAAAGGGCUUUACAGGCCAAAUGGGUCAAGGAGGCCUGAUGGGAACGGUUGGACCAUCGGGCUUAUUAGGACUACAGGGGUUUCCAGGUAUUUUGGGGAUUCCAGGACCUCAUGGGCCACCAGGACAAAGGGGAGAUGCGGGUCCUGCUGGUUUGAUGGGGGAAGAGGGAACUCCAGGUCCUAAGGGUGUGGCAGGAAGCCCAGGUGUGAAAGGUGACAUGGGACAAUCUGGAACACCAAGUUCAUCAGGAGUUGGAGGACGACCUGGCAACCCUGGUGCAAAGGGAUCUCCUGGAUCCGAGGGGCCAAGAGGAGAGCCUGGAGAGACAGGCCGGCAAGGAGAGAGUCCUGAUGGCCUGCCAGGAAAUAAGGGUCCUUCAGGAUUACCAGGACCAGAGGGUAGAGUCGGUGACUUGGGGCUCCAGGGCCCUCUUGGCCUUCAAGGGCCUCAGGGACCAAAAGGUGUUCCUGGACUGAUGGGAAGGAAAGGACAAAAAGGUCAAAAGGGGGAUGAUGGCAGAAGUGGACGUCGAGGGAAGGACGGACGCACUGGGAGGAGGGGGAAAAGAGGGAAAGCUGGUAGUAGUGGUUUGAGCGGAAGACGAGGUGAAAAGGGGAAGAUAGGAGAUCCGGGUCCAUCUGGUCCUCCAGGAAGACACGGAACAUAUGGCAAGACUGGGUCUCGUGGAGAAAAAGGUCAAACCGGUCAACCCGCCUUAAAGGGAGAAUCUGGGGAUAUAGGAGCUGAUGGCCCUUCUGGUCGAGAGGGGUUAAAGGGAAUACAAGGCUCCACUGGAGAGCCAGGAAGAGCUGGUGAAAAGGGAGAGCAGGGCAACAUCGGCCUUCCAGGUAGACAGGGAUCUCCAGGCCUGCCUGGGCUGUCUGGUUUAUUUGGACACAAGGGCCUGAAAGGAUUUUCGGGACCACCAGGCCUGACUGGGGAGAAAGGAUUACCUGGUCUGCCUGGCCCACCUGGGCCCCCAGGGGCCACACUCAACCUCACCAUGACUCAGCUCAAGGAACUCAUGUACGUGUCGGACAAGCCCAACCCGGUCCUGGUGCAGGCUCUGCUGGACUCCCUGCAGGGGGAGCUCCGCUGGUUCAUAAACCCACCAGAUGGCAGCAAACUUCAUCCAGCUACUACGUGUCUGGAACUGUGGCUGGCUCACCCAGACUCCACUAACGGGGUGUAUUACAUUGAUCCUAACCAGGGCAGCCCAGCUGAUGCGUUUCAAGUGUAUUGUGACUUCACAGCAGAACCAAAGACCUGCCUGUCUCCACAGCAGACUCAGGUUCCAAUCAAGGCUUGGCUGAAGGAUUCUGGCACCAACAUGUCAUUUCACUGGUUGAGCCAGGUUGAAGAUGGCUUCCAGUUUGAGUAUGCAGGAGGAGAAGAUGUGGUGCAGAUGAGGUUUCUGCGACUGAACAGCAGAUUCUCCAGUCAGACCAUCACCUACUCCUGUCAGCCAGGAAGUAAACAGAGCCACAGAGAGAGGGAAGCCAAGUUCCUGGCUGACACUCGGAGGCAGAGUUACCUGGGGUCAAUGGCAGACUGUGUGAUGUCAGAGACAUUGGAGUCAGUAGGUCGGGAAUCCGUUUUUCAGUUUGAAAGUGAAGAUCUCCAGCUGCUGCCUCUCAGGGACCUGGCAGUGUUUGGAAACGAAGAAGUAACCUGGGAGUUUGGCUUGACUAUUGGACCAGCAUGCUUCAGCUGAUCUCUCAGCAGGAUUGGAUCUGUGCGAUGGCUGCAGCCCCAAAGAUCUGAACAGGCACCGUGUAUCUCAAACCAUUUCGAAUGUCCUUUAUAGCUUGACAUCAGUUUGGAGUUGGCAUCGCUUUGUUUGAAAGUUGUCCAACUUUGUUAAUAUGUAAGUAUGUUAUCCAGCCAGUUUACUUGGGAUGUCUUGAGCUGUCUCAUUGUCCGCAGUGUAAAUUCAGUAUAGGGGACAACCUCUUUGACAUAAACACAGAGGACAAGAGACACACACAGUGAUCUGUAGACCCUCCAGGAUGCUGAGCUUCUCUCCUCUUCUAAAGGUUUCCUCUGCACAGUGACUCUUGGCUUGCAAACGGGACAUUUUGAAGCUGAAUAUCCUGAUAUUAACUUAAUUUUUUACGUUUUAUUUGUGUAUGUUUGUGAAAUUUGCUUAUUUAUGUAAAUGUUCUCUAUUCCGGUCUUUCCUCUCAUAUUGAAGUUUGCCAGUGUUCAAGUACAUGCACACGCACUAAGCCAACUAGCAAGUCCACUGAUUUUGGACUUUGCAUUGAAAAUAAUCUAAGUCUAAUCAUAGAAGAGUUCCCUUUCAGAUGACAUUGUCAACUUUUUUUGCCCCCAUGGGAUUUUGAUUUUUUAAACUCUUAAAAAUGUAUGAUGUGUACAAACUUGGUCCAAAUUGUCCCAUGUUUAAUGUAAGUACUGUAAAUACAUAAUGUGGCUGUUGUAAAUAUUUUAUAAACCUCUUUGACAUUUACAUGUAGUCUACGUUUAUAGCACGUCAGUCUUUUCUGUGUUUCUCCAUCUUAUGUCAUGCGUUUUUGUCUGUUGAUUUUUUAUUUGGUUUUAUGUUUCCUUAUUUAUAUUGUGUUGAUUUCAGAUUGUCCUGUUUCUGAUGUUGUACACAAAUUAAAGCUGCAUUAAAAUGUAUUUCCUGGCCAUUUGGGGACUACAAGAAAAGGUGAUAACACGACAGCAACAUUAUCACCGUAACCAGUUGUUAUUAGAAUGUUCAACGUUUCCAUUUGCAGAAUUUGCAUUUAUUUGGUGUUUGUGUUAACCUUAGGAAUGUCUGUCAAAGUUGACUUGUAUUUUCGUCCACACCUACUCCAGAGAAAGACAUUUGUCCGGCUUCUAAAUGCUGCACUUUGUUCAGCAACAUGUGUUGAACUUUGUCCCUCUGGUGUUUGGUGCCGAACAGACUGACAGUGUGCUUAUCAGAGUUAACGGCUGGAAAACCAAACCAGUGUGCUAAAAGAGCCUGAAAAUGAAACUGCAGUCCAGGGAUGAUUCUCUGUGUGUCUGACAGUAUGAUCGUCUCCUCUUUCUACAUGUAGUCACUUGAUCAAUAGUUCUCAUAAAAGUAUCUAUUAGUGCAGCUUUAACCAUUAAAUGAACGUGUUUUGCUGUUGUAGUCAUGUGUAUAGUCCUGGAUGGCUCAUUAGCGUCCUUCAGAUAUCCUUCCCACUCCGAGCUAACUAUACUAAAUAUUAGAACAUGCUAAGUUUAUUUCAAAUUGCAUGUUGCUUGAUUAUGAAUUGAUGUAUUUAAAUAAAUUUUGCUGUGUAUUGUUUCACUCAGGGAAGUGAGCUUACCCCCAUGAGCUAGAAUAACUUGUGGUCUGUGCUGCUCUUAUUCUCAUCCAGUGCAAAUGUAGUGACAUACUCCAUAACAUAAGUGACAACACCAUAAUGCUGGUAAAACCAGAUCAUAUCAAACAUGCUUAAAAAUACAUAUUGUGUCUAAGUGAGUUCCAAGUGGAGCUAAUAUCCAUGCUAUAUGGGAGCUGAAAUCAGAUAUAAUUGAUUUAUUUUACCCCUCCUAUAUAUCUGCAACAAAUUCUCUAAUGGUUUUCCACCCACUGACACAGGGUGGAAAACCAUUGUCUCUGCCAUGCUGGACAAUUGGUGGAUGUUUCCUACUCUACCUGAGAGCCUUUUUCAUCAUGCAAAUUGAGCUUUAGUAACUGUAUCUGUAAUCGGUGCCAUGAAAAUAUACUUAACAUUGAUGCCUACUUAUUUAUUAGAUUACUCUUAUGGUGAAUUAGCAGAUUUGCAUCUGGUGUCAUUUUUGGCCAAUUGUGCGCCAGUUUUGCAUGGAAUCCAUCAGGAAAAUAGGAUCUUAAUCAUACAGAUAUUUAUGACUUUUUCAUGUCGUUACAAAUGUUGAUAGUAUCUGUAUGCAUGAUAAAUAAUUUAUCUAACAGUCU